AUGUACUGGCCCGACGAGAAUUUAUCGAAGGCCUACGUACGCUCGCUAACUACUCUUCUGAACUAUCUGAUGGGAAUCUUCGCAACAAUUUCGGAAUUUUUUUCCUGCCUAUCUGGUCAAAUCAUUCUUGAGUUCUACGGUAUGCAGGAUAUCGGUAGUUGCAUUCGAACCUACGAACUGGCCUUCGAUAAACUGCCCUACAUUUGUUCUUCCAGAGAUCAAUUACGCGUCAUCCAACUCCUCGAGGAGGCUGAGCGGCCUGAGGAGACGCUUCGGUUCUUCCUGAAGUACUGGGGUGCCUCCCUACUCACAGCUGAUGGCAAGACAGUCUCCCCCUACAAGAUUCCCUCCAACGCUUCAGUCGUAGCGACGGUCGAGCGAUGUGAGGUCUCAGAAGGCAUGAAACUGCCCAUCCUGCUCAAGUUUCUCACUCUUAUGGUGAGGUUUAACUUGGGUCGUGUUGUCAGGGAUCGCAUUGAUAGCGUGGCGGUGGAGAGGAACGUCCGGUACCAUUACAUGGGUCUGUACGAUUUAGCCAAGAUUUGCAAGUCAGCGGGUCUGGCGGACUUGGGCCUGAAGAUUGCCAAGUUGUUGGCUCUGCAUCCGAAGUCGAGAAGGAUUCCCAAGAUCGUUUGCCUCCUGGGCGAUCUACAGGUGGAGUGUGGUCAACACCAGGAUGCACUCUCCACCUACCGUCACGUUAUAAGCCGCCUCGAUCCCCGCUUCACCGAAGCCCGCCUCUCUCUGGGCAAUCUUCUGCGUCUUCCAAGUCAGUUGUCCCUCAAGACUGAUCUUGACUCGUCUUCUCACAGCAGUGGAGCGGUCUCUGAUGUCGAAGAAGAAGAGGAAGAAGAUGAUGAUGAGGACGUUGAUUACGUGGAAGAGGAGGAAGAGGAAGACCAGGAGGAUGAUGACGAGGAUGUUUCUGAGGCCUUAAAGCUAUCAGACGAUUCUGCGGCCGAAAACUCAGACGACGACGACGGCGACGCCUCCGCCCCCAUGGUACCCAGUCUUGACAAGGACUCCGCUACGCAUUUGCUUUGCAAUGAUCCGGCUGCUAUGCGUAUUGCCUACGAGCGCUGCCGUAUGCUGGACGCACCCAGCACCUGGAAGGCCUUUCUUCAGGAUGCCUGCCAUCUACUCUUCUCUGACGUGAUGCAGGUCUACUCCUGUGAAAAGCCCGACCCCGGCAUCAUGUUCCAGUACUUCCUCACGAGGGACUCACCGGUGGAGAAUUUGGCUCACCUGGAAACCCUCGGCAGCCCGGAGACGCGUGUCACGGGGGAGGAUCUCUGGUCGCUGUGUCUGCGCGUCUUCGACACCCUGCUAAGUCACCGGGAGUACCGAGUCCUGGACAGG